CCAAUUUCUCGGUAAGAUGGCCCCAAAUUUCACCAUCCUCAUCAAGAACAGCAUCCACUACCCCAAAUUCCAGUUCUCCAAGGGCAACAUUGAGAACCGGAAGGAUGGCUACCUGAAACACUGCACAUUUGAUGAGGUAUCCAACCUCUACUGCCCCAUCUUCAAGCUGGGCUUCAUCGUGGAGCAGGCAGGGGAAAACUUCACCGAGCUGGCACACACGGUGAGGGGGGAGCCAAGGGAGUGGGCGGCCAGCUCUCCUCCCAGAAGCUGGCUGCUAUGAGCAUGAAGGGUCUCCAUUACAGCCCUGCUCGAGCAGAGGAGAAACAUGAUAGA